AUGCUUGAAUUUUAAGAGUUGGUUGAUCAAUGCAGUGAACCUAAAAUCCCCAGCAUUAAGGAUACAAUUAUUGAUACAAAUGUAUUGUUUUUAAGACUCUUUCAAGACUUAAGAUCUGUAUCUAUGAAUAGUUUUAAUAAUUCAACUUUUACAAAUUCAUAAUUAAAAGAGAUUUUGCUUGAGGAUCACCAACACAUUUAGAGUAAUUUGAUAAACAUAAACGAGAAAUAUAACUUAAAAUUUGAAUUAGAAGAAAUUAAAAUAUAAUUAGAAUAGCAUUAAACUAAAUAGACAAUUGAAUUGUAGCAAUUCGAUUUUAUAAGAGGUACGAGAAAACUAUUAUAUGUGCAAUGA